AUGCAAAUCUUAUGGAUUCUACAAAGCUACAAAUCUAAACUCAAUCUUUAUUGGACUCGCUUCACUCUAAAAUUAAUCAAAUCAAAUAUUCGGGAAACAUUGAAGAUAUUGAGGAAUAACAGCAGAAUAUCGUCCAAGAGUUCACUAUUAUCUACUCAAACUGAAGGUGCUUCUCUUUCUUCAGAGGAAAACAAAUUUGUAAAACCUUUGCCUCCACAAAAUUCUAAUGAAGGAAUGUCUGCAAAAGAAUUACGACUUCUUGACUGUGAACGUCAAAUUGAACAACUUGAAAUUCAGAAUGCACAAAUGCUUUUUUGUGUAAUUUUUUGGGUAAUUUUAAGUUUAGCAAAUUUUUUCCCCUAA